AACCACCCGGGACUAAUGGACAGGAGGUGGAGACUGAUUUUGGCAGCACAAGACGCUGGGAAUGUUUUGGUGCCUGGACUCUAAGGUUGCAGCAGUGAACAAGACCCAGGCUUGCAGGGACAGCAUGAAUUCUCACCUCUCUGAAGUUUUUAAUGCUUGGCUUUGUGAUGCUGUGUCUACAAUGUUACAGUUACUGAUUUGAGUAUAUGUCUUACAGGAAGCUGUCCUCAUAUAGCAGAGGUGCUUUAUGAGAACUAAAGAUAUAUAACAUGCAAAGAAUGCAAGCAGUUAAAGGUAGAUAAGAGGACAAAAGUUGAAGAACAAACAGCAAGAAAGAAACUCCACACUCCUCUUCAAAAAAAAAACAACAAAUCUCCCACCUGCUACUUUGCUCUGCAUGUUCAUCACCUUGAUCCUAUGUAGAAGAAUACUGUGUGCAAAAAACUUGGUGAAAAAGGACUUUUUCCGACUUCCUGAUCCAUUUGCUAAAGUUGUGGUGGACGGAUCUGGCCAAUGCCAUUCUACAGAUACUGUGAAGAAUACACUUGAUCCAAAAUGGAAUCAGCAUUAUGACCUAUAUAUUGGGAAGUCAGAUUCAAUAACAAUCAGCGUGUGGAAUCACAAGAAAAUUCAUAAAAAGCAGGGAGCUGGUUUUCUGGGUUGUGUGAGACUUCUUUCAAACGCAAUCAACCGCCUUAAAGACACUGGUUAUCAGAGAUUGGAUCUGUGCAAACUUGGGCCAAAUGAUAAUGAUACUGUUAGAGGACAGAUAGUAGUAAGUCUUCAGUCCAGAGACCGAAUAGGCACAGGAGGACAAGUUGUGGAUUGCAGUCGUUUAUUUGAUAACGAUUUGCCAGAUGGGUGGGAGGAACGGAGAACUGCUUCUGGAAGGAUCCAGUAUUUAAAUCAUAUUACACGAACAACUCAGUGGGAACGACCAACACGGCCAGCAUCUGAAUACUCCAGUCCAGGCAGACCGCUGAGCUGCUUUGUGGAUGAGAACACUCCAAUUACGGGAACAAACGGUGCAACAUGUGGGCAAUCAUCAGAUCCCCGGCUGGCAGAGAGGAGAGUCAGGUCACAGAGGCACAGGAAUUACAUGAGCAGGACACACUUGCACACUCCUCCUGAUUUACCUGAAGGCUAUGAGCAAAGGACGACUCAGCAAGGUCAGGUCUAUUUUCUGCAUACUCAGACUGGUGUUAGCACGUGGCAUGAUCCAAGAGUACCUAGGGAUCUUAGCAACAUCAAUUGUGAAGAGCUUGGUCCCCUGCCUCCUGGAUGGGAGAUCCGAAAUACAGCAACAGGCAGAGUUUAUUUUGUUGACCAUAACAACAGGACAACGCAGUUUACGGAUCCACGGCUUUCUGCUAACUUGCAUUUAGUAUUAAACCGCCAGAAUCAACUUAAAGAUCAGCAGCACCAGCAGCAGCAGCAGGUAGUGUCCCUGUGUCAGCUUCCAGAUGAGGCAGAGUGUCUCACUGUGCCAAGGUACAAGCGAGACCUGGUGCAGAAACUCAAGAUCCUGAGGCAAGAGCUGUCACAGCAGCAACCUCAAGCUGGCCAUUGUCGUAUUGAGGUCUCCAGAGAAGAGAUUUUUGAGGAAUCCUACAGGCAGGUCAUGAAGAUGAGGCCAAAAGACCUGUGGAAGCGAUUAAUGAUAAAAUUCCGUGGGGAGGAAGGCCUUGAUUAUGGAGGUGUUGCCAGGGAGUGGCUCUACCUAUUGUCACAUGAAAUGUUGAAUCCAUAUUACGGUCUCUUCCAAUAUUCCCGAGAUGAUAUCUAUACACUGCAAAUCAACCCAGACUCUGCAGUUAACCCGGAACACUUAUCAUAUUUCCAUUUUGUUGGACGGAUAAUGGGGAUGGCUGUAUUUCACGGACACUAUAUUGAUGGGGGCUUCACGUUGCCUUUCUAUAAGCAGUUGCUAGGAAAGCCAAUUACUUUGGAUGAUAUGGAAUUGGUUGACCCUGAUCUUCAUAACAGCUUAGUUUGGAUACUUGAGAAUGAUAUCACAGGAGUCUUAGACCAUACAUUCUGUGUAGAACACAAUGCAUAUGGGGAAAUUAUUCAACAUGAACUGAAACCCAAUGGCAAAAGCAUCCCAGUGACAGAAGAGAACAAAAAGGAAUAUGUCAGGCUUUAUGUAAACUGGCGAUUUUUACGAGGAAUUGAAGCUCAGUUUCUGGCUCUACAGAAGGGAUUUAAUGAAGUAAUCCCACAACAUCUGCUGAAGACAUUUGAUGAGAAAGAGUUAGAGCUCAUCAUUUGUGGACUUGGAAAAAUCGAUGUUAAUGACUGGAAGGCAAAUACUAGGUUAAAACACUGUACACCAGACAGCAACAUUGUGAAAUGGUUCUGGAAAGCUGUGGAAUUCUUUGAUGAAGAAAGGAGAGCACGACUUCUCCAGUUUGUGACUGGCUCAUCCAGAGUGCCUCUGCAGGGCUUCAAGGCAUUGCAAGGUGCUGCAGGCCCACGACUAUUUACAAUACACCAGAUUGAUGCCAGCACUAACAAUUUGCCGAAAGCUCAUACCUGCUUUAACCGAAUAGACAUUCCUCCUUAUGAAAGCUAUGACAAGCUAUACGAGAAGCUGCUAACUGCCAUUGAAGAAACAUGUGGGUUUGCCGUGGAAUGACCCUUCACAGGCUUACCUGAGACUCUAUUUAUACUCCUGUCAGCCGGAAAGCCCUUCCCUCGCCAAGACUCAAGAAAUGCUUGAAAUACAGGAAACUUUCCCUUUUCUACACUAGGACACUGUAAGGGAAAGAACAACUUUGGAAAUUUUUUUUUCUUCAAGAAAAUAGAUUCUGUGGUUCCUGCCAUAGGAUCAUUCAGCUGCUAUUAAAAACUAAUAUCUUGAACAUACAGAAUGCUGACUUUUCCUACAUUUCAACAGUUAAGCAGUAUUCUAUACUUAAAGACUACUACUAUUUUUGUAAAAGGUAAUCUAUUAUAUUUGCCUACCUGAUUUCUAUUCUCAGAUACCAAGACACAACUUCAGCAGUCGGUACAAGUCACGUUUCAGCCUGUUUUAAAUGUAUGAUACUGAACAGCAUCUAUACCUGCUAUUUUUGGAAAAAAAAAUAUUUUGGAUUAUUCUAACUUUGCAUAAAAUUGGCUGAAAGAAUCAUUAAUCUUUUUAAUUAAAGCCACUUACAUGUUAACUGCGUUUUCUUAUAGUAAAACAUUAUAUUCUGCAAUGUAAAUUCAACUUAAAUGUUACCACAGGGGGCUUUUUUCUAUAUUUUUUCAAGCAUGAAUUACAAAUAAUGAUGUUUUGGGGUCCUAUUUAUAUCACUUGUCAGAUUCCUUAAAAUUUCUAGUAUGAGCGACACAUACUGUAUUUGGUACAGUAUUUGUGUUAACAUGUGGAAUAGGCCUUUUUUAAUGAACAGUAGACAUUUUGAUUUUUUUAAACAGCAUUUUUCUAACAAGUCUGUCAAGAGUAUUUUUUGUUGCUUUUGACUUUAAACACUGCAUUUUUCAACUUUUUUAGCAUGUUGAUGAGGUAAUAUUUGACAGCAGAAACCUGUUUGCAGUUCAUUUCAGAACCCAUCCUGUCCAGUCGACCAAAGUUUGUUUGAAUGCAGCCAAAUCACAUUAUAUCUUUGUUGAUGCUAAAGAUUUAUCAGGUAAAACAUAUUUUAAUCUUUGUCUAGCUGCUCAUGACAUGUGGGUUUGUUACAACUAAGGAAAAAGGCGAUAAAAAAUGAUGUAUUAUCUGAAAUGUGUGAUGUGCUUUGAAAAAAAGGUUUCAAAAGCACAUAAUUUAUUGAUUGUAGGGAUGGAAGUAAGUAUAUAUAUGAAUUAUAACAUGGGUUGAUCUCUUCAAAGGGGAAUAAAAUGCACUACCAGUAGAGGGAACUGAAUUUUGAAGUAAGUUUGGGAAUUCUCAGUUAAGAUCUAUGUGAUCUGUUCAUGGUGUGUAGAUGAAUCAGUCUACUUACUAGACAGUGGCAUUCUCCUAUCAGUGGUGAGAAUAUCUGGAAUAGGUAGCAUUUUUUUCCAAUCAGUGUUGUUUUUUUUAACAUGGGUUACAAUUGACCAUCAAAUCUGCACUAUUUUUUACACUGCCAAUAAGAAGAAAGUCAAGGGUACAGAAAACGCUGGAAGAAUGGGACGUAAAUGACUGUUCUGUUCCGCAGUGUAGGCCACACAGAGAACUAGCUAAUUUUCUAUUUGUUCUAUGGAGCUUGAACUUAAUUUUGUUCUGCCAAAUCUGACUGCCACAGUGAGUAAACUACUACUGGAUGUUGUGUAUUAGAAUAGUGGGCAAUAGACUACUUUUUAGAAUUGUGGUAGGAAUCUGGUGAGCCAAAUCCACAUGUUCAUUUGAUUAUAUAUAUAUUUUUGUACAGCUGUUGCUUCCCAGUUCUGGGCUGGCUGCAGAGCUGAGGCUACUUAGGGAUGUAAACUUAAAGCCAAGAAACUUGCUUUGACAGCCAGAUUUGACAUAUAUCAGACCCUUCUUUCGUAAUUUCAAGGGACUAUUGCACUCUUACAAUGGCUGGUACCUUUGCUUAUAGUCGGAAUCCCUAAUUCAAGGCUUUCAGGUAAUACUAUUACCAGAGAAGCUACCACUACGUUUGUCCAGGUUGCCCGGGAGAGAAAAGUAGGAUGUUGCCCAGUGUGUUUUUAUUCGUUACUGCUGCCUGUGGUUGGGGACCACUGCUUUAGAUAUGCCCACAGACCUCUUCUCACCCCAAGUUUGGAGGUAUGACAUUAAUUACUCUUUACAGAGACUAGGUUUUUUUUUGGUUUUUUUUUUUGUUUGUUUGUUUGUUUGUUUUGUUUUUUUUUUGACCACUGUUCAGAGGAUUAAAAGUCUCCACUGUUGCAUAAGGGAUUUCAUUCUGCUCUUGCUCAGGCUAUGGCUGCAGCCACCCUGAUCGUGGAAGCGUGAAAAUUCAGGUUUGAUCCAGUCUUUGGGAGAAGUCAGGGCUCAGUUGGCAGUUCCAGGGAGAAGGUGUGCUGUUCCCUUGGCACCAGACAGCCCACCUCAGCACUAUUUAAAGACCAUCUCUCUAAGUGUCUCCUGAGCACACCACCUGUACCCACCUCCUAGGAACCUUUUCCCUGUCAGCCUGCUUAGGCUGGUAAGUGUAUUGAGCACAUAGUUAUGGCCACCCUUGUGACAAAAAAGCAUUUCUGAGGAGGGGGGAGAUGAGCUCUGCAGAAUGGAGUGGAGAUCAGCUGAUAAAUACCAUUCAUUUUCACAGCAGCCUUAGCAGUUCAUCUGUUUGUUCUACCAAACAUUUUGGUAUGGCAUAGAGAUUUUUUUUUUAGUUGUCUCAGAUAAAUAUUGUAAAUUUAAUAUAUUAUAGGCAAAACUAGAUAAAUCUACAUUCGACUUCCCAUAGCUGACAGAUGAGGUUGAAUAUACCAAGUAUUUUGAGUGCCUUUCUACCUUCAUGACUGAGAGCUUUAACUUAAAGCACCUCAUCACCUAGUCGCAUGUUUAUCAGAAAAUGUUAAAAGGUUCAUUCCUUUGCAAAAUUUUGUUUCAAGAUCAUGUCAACUACUUUCCCCUCAAAAAGGUGCUAAGCCUAAUAUUGCAUUUUAACCUUGGACUUUCACCCCAUGAUUAAUGUGAAUAUUUAUUUCAAUGUGUCCCUCUUACUGGGUUUUACUUUAUCCAGUCUUUAGUUGUUUUAGAGAGAUGUCACAUCAUGGUUUUAUGCUGUUGCUUUUCAUUAUGAAUGUUUAAUUAUGAACAGUGACUUUUGUAGAUUUCAAAUAUACAGUACACAGUUGAGUUUCAGAGGAUUUAAUUUCUCGGUGUAAAGAGUUUUGUAAUGGUGCUUUGUACAGUAUGUAUUCUAAUUUUUUUGCACAUAGUUUCAGUUUCCCUAAACUGAUUUAUUUUUACCAAAUUUUUGUGUUGUACUAAAGUCCAGAGCACACAAGCUGUUUUUAAAUUCUUGUUCUACAACACUACAUCUGUAUUGAACUUCUGGUGCGUUUAAACUAGCUGCAUUGAUGGAAGUAAAAGCUUUGCUUCUAUAUCAUAAGUAUGCAUCAUACAGCUUAAUGUAGCAUGCUUCAGAUUUUAAACAGCACCAUAUAGUUAACAGGUGCCAUUUGUUGUACUUUACACUAUGUAGUAGGUUUCUGGCUCUACCACAUCCUCAGAGCUUUGUCUGUAGCUGUAAUUAGUUUAUACAAGUGUAAUUACUCCUCCACAAACUGACCGUUCUUAGUUUAUCAUUUCCAUUGUAUUUAUUACAGAGUGUUUUAGCAUUGAUAUCAUUGUAUUUUCACCCAGCUGUUACAUGAGCUUUAACAAAAAAAAAAUCUGUAUAAAAUGGUUUUUAAGUACUUAAUGUAUGUACCCAUGCAGAAGUUGAGCAAUAAAUUGUAUGCUGUUUGCACUGUCACAGCAUCAAUGGUUUAAAAA